ACGAAAAAAGAGAAAGCAGAGAAACAGAGACACACCCCCAAAAGCAAAAGCAACAAAGAUCACAAACCUAUUUUCAAUCAAAUCAAAUAUGAAAAGCAAAAAGACAACCCAAGCCAAGGCCGACCGCGUUAACUCCAUUAAGCAACUCAUGGAGAAGAUCCCACUUACAUGCUCUGAACCCAACACACAUUCUCUCUUGUUCACAGUCCCGUCAUUCUUCUCUUUGAGCUCACAGUGCCAAUGUCUGAGAUUGUGGUUGCAGAGCCCAUCUAUGAUGAUCGAGCAGAGGAAAAAAGACCCAUUACCAGGUAUCUCACCAUGGGCAGUGGGAGUGAUCAUAAUCAUCCUCCUGAGCCAUUUGAGAGCGAGAGAUUGCCUGCCACUUUGGCCUCAAAAAUCCGGAGCUUUCUUCGGGUUGCAAACUUGAUCGAAAGCGAGGAGCCUCGGAUUGCUUAUCUGUGCCGCUUUCAUGCCUUUGAAAUAGCACAUAACAUGGACCGUCGUUCGAAUGGGAGGGGUGUUCGACAAUUCAAAACUACCCUUCUGCAGCGACUUGAACAGGAUGAAGAAACUACAAUUAGGAAACGGAAGGAAAAGAGUGAUCUACGCGAGUUAAGACGCGUUUAUCAUUCUUACAAGGAGUACAUCAUCAAACAUGAAGGAGCAUUUAGCAUAGAAAAUAGUCACAGAGAGAAGUUGAUAAAUGCGCGUAUAAUUGGUUCUGUAUUGUUUGAAGUCUUAAAGACAGUUUCAAAUACAGCCGGUCCUCAGGCCCUGGCUAAUAGAGGUGGUAUCCAGACAAAACCUUAUGAUAUAUAUAAUAUUCUACCACUUGAUCAAGGAGGUAUUCAGCAACCAAUCAUGCAGCUACCUGAGAUUAAGGCGGCAGUAGCAGCAAUACGGUAUAUUCGUGGCAUACCUUCCAAUGAAGAUCUUCAGAAACAUGGGACUUUCAUUGAUUUGUUUGAUUUUCUUCAGUACUGCUUUGGAUUUCAGGAAGGGAAUGUAGCCAAUCAGAGAGAGCAUCUGCUUCUACUCCUUGCUAAUAUUCACAAACGGAAAACUCAUAAACAGACAUCUGUCUCAAAAUUAGGAGAUGCUGCAGUGGACGAGUUAAUGCGGAGAAUUUUUAAAAAUUAUACAAACUGGUGCAAGUUUUUGGGAAGGAAAAGCAACAUCCGGUUACCUUAUGUGAAACAAGAAGCCCAACAAUAUAAACUUCUAUUUCUGGGGCUUUACCUUCUUAUAUGGGGCGAGGCUGCAAACUUGCGAUUCAUGCCAGAGUGUCUCUGUUAUAUUUUUCACCAUAUGGCAUAUGAGCUACAUGGCAUGUUAACUGGUGCUGUUAGCUUGACAACAUGGGAGAAGGUCAUGCCAGCAUAUGGAGGGCAGUCUGAGUCUUUCCUUAACAAUGUUGUUGCCCCCAUAUAUGGGGUUAUAAGAGAGGAAGCCGAGAAAAGCAAGUGUGGGACAGCUGACCAUUCCACAUGGAGAAACUAUGAUGAUCUGAAUGAGUAUUUUUGGUCUUCUGAUUGUUUUGAAAUCGGUUGGCCCAUGCGUCUAGAUCACGAUUUCUUCUUUACAGACUCUCCAACAAAAUCCAAUGCUAAGAAUGCUUCAGCAUCCACUGCUCCUGUAGAAGAAAGAAGGAAGGAAGAUGAGGAGGAAGAUGAAGUUGGGGUUAGUAAAGAAGAAGUCCGUGAACCCAAAUGGUUGGGCAAAACAAAUUUCGUAGAAGUACGUUCGUUUUGGCAAAUUUUUAGAAGCUUUGACAGAAUGUGGAGCUUUUUUAUUGUUUCACUUCAGGCAUUAAUAAUUAUGGCAUGCCAUGAAUUGGAAUCUCCACUUCAGUUGUUUGACAAAGUUAUAUUUGAGGAUAUCAUGAGCAUCUUCAUUACAUCUGCAUUUCUUAAAUUCAUACAAGCAAUACUCGACAUUGCCUUUACAUGGAAAGUGAGACAAACACUGGACUUCUCUGCAAAAGUAAAACAUGUUAUGAAGCUCGGUGUUGCAAUGAUAUGGACUAUAGUUCUUCCUGUAUAUUAUGCUAAUUCUAGAAGAAAAUAUACUUGUUAUCCCACAACAUACGGAAGCUGGGUUCAAGAAUGGUGUUUCUCUUCCUUUAUGGUUGCAGUUGCAAUUUAUUUGAUGACUAAUGCAGUUGAGAUGGUGUUAUUUUUGGUCCCUUCUAUUCGCAAAUACAUUGAGGUCUCAAAUUACCAAAUAUGCACCAUUCUGUCUUGGUGGACACAGCCUAGGUUAUAUGUUGCGCGUGGAUUGCAAGAAAGCCAGCUUUCAGUGUUGAAGUAUACAUUGUUUUGGGUACUUGUACUAUUGAGCAAAUUUUCUUUCAGCUACUUUUUUGAGAUAAAACCCCUUAUAGAGCCAACAAAGCAGAUCAUGAAAAUUGGUGUGCCAAUGUAUGAUUGGCAUGAGCUUUUUCCGAAAGUUAAGAGUAAUGCUGGUGCGAUUGCUGCUAUAUGGGCUCCAAUUAUAGUUGUGUACUUUAUGGACACUCAGAUAUGGUAUUCUGUUUUUUGCACAAUCUUUGGUGGAGUCUAUGGCAUUUUGCAUCACCUUGGUGAGAUUCGAACUUUGGGAAUGUUGAGGAGUAGAUUUCACUCCUUGCCUUCUGCAUUCAAUAUUUCUCUUAUUCCACCCUCAUUGAGGAAUGACCAAAAGAGAAGAAAAGGUUUCUUUUACAAUAAAUUCAGAAAGGUAUCAAAGAGUGAAAAAAAUGGUCUUGCCAAGUUUGUCUUGGUUUGGAACCAAAUUAUCAAUAGUUUUCGAUUGGAGGACUUGAUAAACAACAGGGAGCUGGAUUUAAUGACAAUGCCAAUGUCUUCAGAAUUAUUUUCCGGCAUAGUUCGUUGGCCAGUUUUUCUUCUUGCAAAUAAGUUUUCAACUGCCCUGAGUAUUGCAAAGGAUUUUGUGGGGAGGGAUGAAAGUCUUGUCAGAAGACUUAAAAAAGAUGAGUACAUGUACUGUGCUGUGAAGGAGUGCUACGAAUCAUUGAAGUACAUCCUUGAAAUCCUCAUUAUUGGGGAUCUCGAAAAGAGGAUUGUAUCUGCCAUACUGACUGAAAUUGAAGAAAGCAUCACAAGAUCAAGUCUUCUUCAGGACUUUAGGAUGAUUAAAGUUCCAGAUCUUUUGGCUAAAUGUAUCGAGCUAAUUGAACUUUUGGUUGAGGGAAAUGAAGACCAUCGUGGCAAAGUUGUGAAAGUUCUCCAAGAUAUAUUUGAGCUUGUAAUCAAUGAUAUGAUGACGACUGGCUUCAGGAUAUUAGAGUUGCUGGAUUCAUCCCAACAGACUGAAACAGAUGCUGCUUAUUUUUCUGGAAGCAUUGAAUCCCCAUUAUUUGGAUCUGCUGGUGGCAAGAAUUCUAUCCAUUUCCCUUUGCCAGACAGUGCUGCUCUGAAUGAGCAGAUCAAGCGUUUUCUUCUGUUGCUUACUGUCCAAGAUACAGCAAUGGACAUUCCAACUAACUUAGAGGCUCGGAGACGCAUAUCAUUCUUUGCCACUUCUCUCUUUAUGAAUAUGCCACAUGCACCCACAGUGUCCAAUAUGGUGCCAUUCAGUGUUAUGACACCACAUUACCUGGAGGAUAUUAAUUUUUCAAUGGAGGAGCUGCAUUCAAGCCAGCAAGAAGUUUCUAUCAUCUUUUACAUGCAAAAGAUAUUUCCAGAUGAGUGGAAAAACUUCCUGGAGCGCAUGGGUUAUGAAAAUUUGGAUGGGUUGGAGAAGGACAAAAAGGAAGAGCUUAGAAAUUGGGCUUCUUUCCGGGGCCAAACACUGAGCAGAACAGUUAGAGGAAUGAUGUACUAUAGAGAAGCCUUAAAACUGCAAGCAUUUCUUGACAUGGCUGAAGAUGAAGAUAUUCUUGAAGGUUAUGAUGCUGUUGAAAGUAGAAAUCAUGCAUUAUCUGCUCAGCUAGAUGCAUUAGCAGACAUGAAAUUCACUUAUGUUGUUACCUGCCAAUUAUUUGGAUCACAAAAAGCUGCUGGAGACCCACAUGCACAGGACCUAAUUGACUUGAUGAAAAGAUACCCAACUCUCCGUGUUGCUUAUGUUGAGGAGAAAGAAGAGAUAGUGGAGAACAAGCCUUGCAAAGUUUAUUCUUCAGUAUUGGUUAAAGCUAUCCCCAAGUAUGGUGAUCAGGAAAUAUAUCGCAUAAAGCUUCCUGGUGCACCAACUAUUGGAGAAGGGAAGCCCGAAAACCAGAACCAUGGAAUAAUCUUCACUCGUGGUGAAGCUCUCCAAACCAUUGAUAUGAACCAAGACAGUUAUUUGGAGGAAGCCUUCAAAAUGAGAAAUCUUCUGCAAGAAUUUCUUCAGAACCGAGGACGGCGACCUCCUAUACUGCUUGGUUUGAGGGAACACAUAUUUACAGGAAGUGUUUCUUCUCUUGCAUGGUUCAUGUCUUAUCAAGAGACCAGCUUUGUCACCAUUGGUCAAAGGCUUCUUGCCAAUCCUCUCAGGGUACGAUUCCACUAUGGACAUCCAGAUGUAUUUGACAGGUUAUUCCACAUCACAAGAGGUGGAUUAAGCAAAGCAUCAAAAACAAUUAACCUGAGCGAGGAUGUUUUUGCUGGGUAUAAUUCUACCUUACGACGGGGAUGGAUCACGUAUCAUGAAUACAUGCAAGUUGGCAAGGGUCGUGAUGUAGGUCUAAACCAGAUCUCAAAGUUUGAAGCUAAGGUUGCUAAUGGUAACAGUGAACAAACUUUAAGCCGUGACAUAUACCGCCUUGGACGUCAGUUUGAUUUCUUCAGGAUGCUGUCUUGUUAUUUCACAACCAUUGGGUUUUACUUUAGCAGCCUGAUAUCAGUUAUUGGAAUCUAUGUGUUCCUUUACGGACAGCUAUACCUAGUUCUCAGUGGCUUGGAAAAAGCUCUCAUAAUUGAGGCUAGACUGCAGAACAUACAAUCCUUGGAAACAGCUCUUGCCUCCCAGUCAUUUAUACAGCUUGGGCUAUUAACAGGAAUGCCAAUGGUGAUGGAAAUUGGACUUGAGAAAGGGUUCCUCAAUGCACUAAAAGAUUUUGUCCUGAUGCAAUUGCAGCUGGCUUCUGUUUUUUUCACGUUCUCAUUUGGAACAAAAAUCCAUUAUUACGGCCGAACAAUUCUGCAUGGUGGUGCUAAAUACAGACCCACUGGGCGUAAGGUUGUUGUGUUUCAUACUAGCUUCACUGAAAACUACAGGUUGUAUUCAAGAAGCCACUUCGUCAAAGGAUUUGAGUUACUGCUCCUGUUGAUUGUUUAUAACUUGUUUAGACGGUCCUAUGAGAGCGACAUGGCGUAUGUAUUAGUCACUUAUUCGAUUUGGUUCAUGUCAAUCACUUGGUUGUUCGCUCCAUUUCUUUUUAAUCCGUCUGGAUUCAGUUGGGACAAGAUAGUAGAUGACUGGAAAGAUUGGAAUAAGUGGAUCAGGCAGCAGGGUGGUAUUGGAGUUCACCAAGAUAAAAGUUGGCAGUCUUGGUGGAUAGAUGAGCAGGACCAUCUUCGUCAUUCUGGGAUGAGUUCUAGGUUGUUUGAAAUACUCCUUUCUGUUCGGUUUUUCCUGUAUCAGUAUGGUCUGGUCUACCACCUUGACAUUUCCCAGAAUAGCAGGAAUUUUCUGGUUUAUUUGCUUUCAUGGAUAGUGAUCCUCGUUGUUUUCUUGUUAGUAAAGGCAGUGAACCUCGGAAGGCAAAAGUUCAGUGCUAGAUAUCACCUUGUGUUUAGGCUAUUCAAAGCAACCCUUUUCUUGGGUGUUCUUUCCAUCAUAAUAACUCUUUCUCAUGUGUGUCAUCUAUCUUGGAUGGACUUGGUUGUGUGCUGCCUAGCAUUUUUGCCAACAGGGUGGGGUUUGAUAUUGUUUGCACAAGCUGUGAGGCCCCUGAUAGAGAAUACUGGAUUGUGGGAAUUCACCAGAGUACUUGCUAAAACAUAUGACUACGGAAUGGGGGUUGUUCUCUUUACACCUAUUGCUGUCUUGGCAUGGCUUCCGAUUAUAUCAGCAUUCCAGACUCGAUUCCUGUUUAAUGAGGCCUUCAAUAGGCACUUGCAGAUCCAACCAAUUCUUCAGGGGAAGAAGAAGAACAGAUAGAUCAUAAUGUAGUGAUGAUUUCCUAGUACAUAAUGUACAGUCAUUAUAUUUGCAAUUAUUUAUAGAUCGUGGAAUUGCUACAUCUGUACAGCAGGAAGCAGGAUCACGUUAUUGGUGAAUAAAAAUACAGAUUUCAUUCGCCAAUGAAACGAAGUAGCCUAUGA